CAGUUUGUUUAUGCGAAUGCUGCCGAGCGGUUUGUGUUAAAAAGAUCCGCUAAAAACGUAGAAAUAUCAAUCGCUGUUUUGGCGAAGUUUCGAACGCGACUUUUUCGGAAACAGUUCUGAUUUAAACGCGUUCGCAGUGUAGAGUACGCGCUCCGCCACCUAGUGCGUAUAAAGUGACGCAGUAAAUAUAUAUUUGUGUAAUAUAUACAUACAUCUAAGUGAUGGUGUGAAAAAAUAUUUGAAGUGAACAAAACGAAUUACAAUUGUUAUGCUAAGUGUUUCUAAUUAAUUGUAACGAGUAUAUAUUUUUUUCAAUUGCGAUUUAAAAAAAAUCACUUAUAUUCAAGUGCAAAAUAUUUAAAUUUAAAAUGAAGGCGAUCAUUCCGUUAUUAAUAUUCGCCUGUGUUGUGCUGCCGCCCGCUGUUCUCUCACAAGCUCAGUAUAAUUGCGUGACGCCGGAAAACUAUUAUGGUUAUUGCGUGCAAUUAACGUACUGUCCACAAAUAGCGAACGUUUUCAAUGUGCGCAAUCGCAAUCAAGCCGAACGUUAUGUUAUAGCCUCACAGCGCUCGUGUGGUACACGAAGUGUUAACGGUAAUCCCGUGGUUUGCUGUACACGACCUGUAAAUCCACAGCCGCAACCCCAACCUCAACCACAGCCACGUCCACAACCCCUACCGCAGCCUCAGCCGCGACCACAACCACUACCACAGCCUCAACCACAACCACGCCCGCAGCCACUACCAGAACCUUCAAUUUUACCACAGCCUUCCACUGAACGUCCACAAAAUCCUUUCUUGCCCACCACUACAUCGGCACCAGUCAUACUUCAACCAAGACCACCGCCAAAUCAAGGUCAACCUUCCACAACGGCUCGUCCAACCGCAGCGCCAACUGUGAGCACAACAAGUGCACCCGUCGAUAUCGGCGAACGUUUGACCGGCGACUCUUGUGUGGAUCCGAAACUGAGACGUGGAGUUUGUGUUCCCAUCGCCAGCUGCAACGAACUGGUUACCGAGCUCUACGCCAAAUCGAAUGAUCCCAGCUUUGCUGAUUUCUUGCGCGCAUCGAAUCGCAAUUGUGGCGGUGUUGCUUCCGUGGCAUGUUGUCCGACCAGCGAUAAAGUGAUUAAGGAUCCGACGGUCACAGUGGUGAACAGCGAUGAAAUACCCACACGUCCGCCCACCUUGGAGGAGGGUUGCGGUUACACGCACAACACCUACAAGAAAAUCGUAGGCGGCGAAGUGAGCAAGAAGGGCGCCUGGCCAUGGGCUGUGUUGUUGGCCUAUCCCGACGGCUCGUCGAGCUCACCAUUCAAGUGCGGCGGCACCUUGGUGACGGCGCGUCAUGUCGUCACAGCGGCGCAUUGUAUACGCAGUGAUCUCACCUUUGUACGUUUGGGAGAACAUGAUCUGAGUACCGAUACAGAAACCCGUCAUGAGGAUGUGAACAUUGUGCGGAAAGAAGCCCAUCCACAGUAUAACCGACGCAAUGGCAAGUCCGAUGUGGCGGUGCUGUGGCUAGAACGCAACGUGCAAUUCAGAGAAACCAUUUCACCAAUUUGCCUACCCACAGCAGCGGCGAUACGUCAAAAGUCCUACGUCUCUUACACACCCUUCGUUGUGGGCUGGGGCAAGACCAUGGAGGGCGGUGUCUCAUCGAAUGUGCUGCAGGAACUGCAAAUACCGAUCUUCAAGAAUGACGUCUGUGAGAGGAGCUACAAAAGCAUCAAUCGGUUGGUGUCCGCUGACCAAUUCGACACAGGUGUGCUGUGCGCAGGUGUGCUAUCGGGCGGCAAGGAUACGUGCCAAGGUGAUUCGGGCGGUCCGCUGAUGAUACCGGAGCCUUACAACAACAAUGUGCGCUAUUACCUGAUCGGCGUGGUCUCGUAUGGUGUGGGCUGUGCGCGUCCCGAUGUGCCCGGUGUUUACUCCAGCGUACAGCAUUAUGUCGACUGGAUUUUGGAGAAGAUUGCUGAUACUCCUUGAGAUUCUCGUUUUAACAUUUAUUUAAAUUAAUUACAUACUUUUAAUAUUAACACAACAACAAAGUGCUGCAGCUUUUUUUAACGCAAAAAAGUGAUACAAUUUCUUUUUUAAUAAAAUAA